GGAGAGAGAGAGAGAGAGAGAGAGAGAGAGAGAGAGACCGCCUCUGCCUCCUCGCUCACUCUCCUUCAAAUAACUACUAACAGGCAACAACGAAGGCUGGGCCCACACUUCACUUUUCUUCUCUCUUUCCUAUCUCCUCUCUUUCCUCGUGCGUUAUGAGUGAGCAGUGCCACGAGCAGCAGCAGCCGAGCCGCACCUGACACACUCCUGCUCCUGCUGCUAUGAAUUCGCACGAGUGACAACAACGAUUCGUUUUUUUUUAUUUAUUUAUUUCGGAGUUCCUUUGGAAAAGUGCAAGAAGUGUUGAUCGGCGCGUCGCAUGAAGAAAUUGUGUGCGCGAAUUCGCAGUGAAAGCAGUGCAGUUUUUCUCUCCGCCGAAGCGCCGAUUCUGUUCAGCCGACAGCAUUAUCUAUUUGGAUUACUUUGAAACGCACAACAGUUCCACACACGCCAUGGAUUAUCGCGCUUUCCGGCCGCUCUGCUAACAGAAGUGACGAUGCAACCGACGACUUCGAGCGGCUCGCCGUCGAGCACGAACGGCGAGGUGAAGCCCGUGGCCGCCGAGGGGUGUUCGGCGGGCCUGCUGACCCUGCACUACGGCAAGCACCAUGCGUCGCUGGUCGGCGAAAUCCGCGCGUGGUACAAACACGAGUGCUUCUCGGACGUAGUGCUGGUCUGCGAUGGCGGCCGCCUCAAGGCGCACCGCCUCGUGCUCGCCUCGGCCAGUCCCCUGCUCAGAGACCUGCUGCUGGGCAGCCCCAGUCUCGGCCCCUCCGAGGACACCGUCCUCGUCCACCUGCCCGGCAUCGCCAAGGACGACGCCGCCCACCUCCUCGAGUUCCUCUACACCGGCGAGGCCUGUCUCAAGGCCUGCGAGAUGGAAAGGCUGCACGAACUCGUCCAGCUCUUGGGAGUCGACUCUGAUCUCUGGGACAGGCACUCGAAAGUUUCAAAAGAUGCGGAUCCUGAAGAGUCGAACGACUCGUUCGAUGUGAAGCAAGAAGCAUCGAGUCCGGAGGGUCUUGAAGUGGACGUGGACGCGAUCGAGGAGGAGCGGUCCGACUCGCCACUGGAUGAACCGGAAGAGGCGGAAAGCGUGCAGGACGACCAGCAGCAGGACAACGACCCUGUCAACCUGUCCCUCAACCAGCGGAGAAACACCCCAACGCCACCUUUGCGGCACCCGCCACGCAGGAGGCACAGCACGACCGAAGUGGCCAGCAGCAGGAGCAGCAAGUCUCCACCGUCUAUCAAUGGGGAUGUAGCUCUUGAAGUCAGGAGAAGCGCCCACGAAAGAGGGAUCUCCAUCACAACCGAUCUCAGCCGGCGCUCCCCUGCCUACAUCCGUUCGCCAAGCCCUGAACUGAUCGUGGGCCGACGUUGUGUGUCCCCGCGCGGGAAGCGGCGGGCGCACGAGUUGCUGCCACACCACGUGUCGCUCAACCCUCGGAAAUACGUGACGGCCGUGCUGGGCGACAUGGAGGUGCCGUACACGCCACCUCGGCAGCGGCAGCGCCUCGGCUUUUCGAAUCCGCCGGGCAAAAACACGCCGUUCGUUCCUUGCCCGCCGUCCUUCAUGAUGCUGGAGGAGCGCAGCCUGCCCUCGGGCACCGCCUCGGUGGACGACGAGGACAAACCCAGCGUCCGGCGACCCCCGAGCGCAGACAGUUCGCCCAUCACGCCGAGCGCCCUGUUCCACGCGGCGGCCGGCGCCGAGGCGUGGGCCUGGUCCUUCUGCCAGGCCCAGGUGGAGGGGGGCGACCCCAGUCCGCCGCCGGCCCAGCUGGAGGCGCCGGCCCAGCAGAAACAAGUGCCCGUCCGGGAGUACCGGUGUCAGUACUGCGGAAAGACGUUCGGCAUGAGUUGGAACCUGAAGACGCACCUCAGGGUGCACACCGGCGAGAAGCCCUUCGCCUGCAGACUGUGCGUGGCCAUGUUCAAGCAGAAGGCCCACCUGCUGAAACACUUGUGUUCGGUGCACCGCAGUGUCAUCUCGUCGUCGCCCGUCGACGGCCCCAACGCCAGGUUCAACUGCUGCUUCUGCACCAUGUCCUUCGACAACCUGCAGGAGCUCAUCAGGCAUCUGUCCGGACCGCACAACAACCUGCUCCUCAGCAAGAACCUCAACGACUGACCCUACCUCCAGCUGGCCAAUGUCUGCCGUGGAAGUAGCUAGGGCAACACUUUGCGCACAACUUUUUGCAAAUGAUUAGAAAUUUCCCGAACUUCGCCACACAAAAUCAUUUUUAUUGUCUUGAAAUUGUUAAGAAUUCCAAAAGUUUAAAAUUGAUAUCAGAUCUUUUUAAGAAAUAUUGGUUAAGUUCAUUUGUUUUCUAAAAUAGAAUAUCAUAAAAAAACCUAGCUUUUCAUCAAAUUUGGAUGUUUGAAAUUUUAAAAUUUUAAUGAAAAUCAGACAAAUUUACAAAAUUCUUACAAAAAGUGUACACAUAAGCUGCAAGUAGACAUGGCCAUUGACUGCAUUUGGGUUAACAGUGGCCAAGACUGAAGUCAAAGGCUAAGUCAACUUGGAUGAUGAGCUAACGUAGCCUAGGCCAAGUUAGGCUUUUUGAUUGUUAUUAGAGAAUUCUUCUACCUCCAGAAAGCUUCUGCUUCAUUAAAUGCAAAAUUUAUUAGUUUCUUUUUUCCAUAUUUUUCACAUUUUUAAAUUGAUUCACUUUACUUUCCACCUUAUCUUUUUGGCACACAUUGUAUGAAUUUGCAAGAAGUUUGCGUCACAAAGUGUCUGUCUGCCCCUAAUGAUCAAAGAACAUUGAGGUCAUACCCCAUUGAUCUUGUACGCUCGUCGGUAAAAAAAACUUUAUCAGAAGCGUACCGCGCGCGCUGUGCUCAUUUCUCUGAUGGCAAAAUUGUGUCUGAACACACCACGCUCCAUUCCACUUUGUGUCAUGUAAGAUUGGAGAAUAAAAUUGCGCAAGAGCCCCAGCCAGAUGCAUGAUAUUGGAAACUUUUUACAAGUAAUAUAAGCGGCUUUGCGCCUGUUGACAUUAGAGAAGUAAAAAAAUCACACUCACCAAUCAUUCCAGUAGCAUUUUUUUUAUAAUUCUACUUAGGGACCAGAGAGACAGAACAAUUUUUAAACUCACCUCCCCUUGAAAAUGAAAAAUAAUUCUAAAAGGACCUCGAAUCAACUCAGGAUUGUUGGAAUAUACAAAUCUAUUUAAUGUACACCUGUUAUCGAAUAUUAUAUUGGGUAAAAUUUUGUACAGAAAUCGACUAACCUGAAUCCUGUUGCCUUGUAGCCAAUUAAUGGACAAACAAUUGACCUUGUGGGGAAAAACUGCACAAAUUUUAUGAUGCGUUGUACAAGUUGAUUUUUACAUAACUUAGCAAGAAGUGAAAGUGACAUCGUCGGGCCAGUUAAUUGCUACUUUGUAAAUAUUUAUUCAUUUUCCUAGCACGUAGAUUUGUUCCCUUGCUAACGCUUAAGUUUAAAACAAUACAAAAAGUUGAAAGUUUAAAUUCUAAACAUAAAAAAUUACAAACUUGUUUCAAAUUUGAAAAAUAAAUAAUUAAGUUGUUUCUUAAAACAAAAAAAAUCGGGCUUAGAUUGUAUAGCAUUCUUUUUAAUUUGUAAAAAAUUGUGAUAGGUUUCUGCUUUUUUUCAGUAGGUUUAACGAUUUUCGUUCUUCCACCUUGACCGUGUAAAGCACCAAGUGGCUCUUUGUUCCUCCGCCUGCUCGGCAGUUUGAUUCGCACGCUUGGCCAAGAGAGACGGCGAUUUUUAUAUAAAAUAAUAGAGUUCCUAUCCUGUGAUAGAAUAUUUAUAAACCUACUCCGAUUGCAAUUAUUAAUUCAAUUUAUAUAAAUCGUGUGUAUUUUUAAACAAACUAAAGACAUCUCAUGCUUUAUCUUGUGUGAUAGAACUGAGACAGAGAAUUAUAUAAAAUAAUGAUAUAACGAGCUCAAAGACCAAAAAAGCGUGGGAAUAUUUGAAGAAGUUCUCCUUGGCCGUGGCUGCUGUCAAACUGCCAGAAAGUUAGCACCUCUUUAAACUCAGAAUUUUAUAUAUAUCAUCCGCGCGAGCCACUUUCUGUUUUUGUCCGCGUCGCCCCUUAAUUAGCCUGUAAUUGAAAAGAAAGAAAGAAAGCAAUAAUUCACAAAAAAUUAAGUGUGUACAUAGAUAUUGUAAAUAUUAAUUUAACAGGACACAUCGCAAAGGGUAUAUAAAGAACCGCACCACACCUCUUGUACGAUCUCAAGAAUGCGCGUAAAUCCGUAAUUAAACACGCAAACUCCCACCUGUCUUCAUAAGUAAUGUGUAAUUACGUAUUUAUAUGAUGAUGAUGACGAGGCGAAUAUGAAUGUUCAGUGUGCUUCUCAAACAGUGAUAAAGCAAAGAACAAUUAACCUCUCUGCAAUUUGAAAGUUUUGAUUGAUUGAUGGUUGGAAAAACACCCAAAGAGACAGACUUGAUUUGUGAAUGAUUUUCAAAAACAUGCCACAAUUUUGAUACACUAUGUGUAUGUACAAUAAUUUUUAGUAAGCAAAGGCGAGAGUAUUAUUGCUUCUGUUUUUGAAGAAUUUGUGUCAUAAUUAGUGGUAAUCGAUUAUUUAAAUUGCUCUGUAACAAAUUAAUUCAUUCAUUGUCGCUGACUUCGUUUUCCCCCCCGAUUUGAAUAUAUAUUAUGUUGUAUAAUUUUUGCCUUAUCGAAACGCCGAUUUUUCCUUUGUAAAAAAUUAAUUUUAUUUGCGGCAUUUCAUCAUUCGCAUCGGACACUUUUCGACUUUUCGGUUGUCUCUUGUUGCCUUGGGCACUCGCUGUCAUGAAUGCCUUUUUUGGAAACGUUUAAUAAAAUCGACAGUGCCCGCGGAAACAAUUGGGAUUGCUUAAAUUGUGAAAAAGUACCUGAUGAGCACAGACACAUUUUCAAAUAAAAUCCUUAAAACCAGCGUA